AUGGACGCCCGACAAGAUGCGACGUAUCACCUUAUCUCCUACCCGGACCCGUCCAGGAGGGUGUCUUCCAGGAACGAAGCGGGAGAUCCUGGCGUACCGAGAGAGUUCAGGCCAACGGAGCUGGCACCGUCGCUAUGGCCCGUCAUCUUCUCCGGCGUCAUAGGCAACGCUCUCAAAGCCUACGCAAACUGGCGCGUUGAGAAAGGCACAUCCUUACUGUCCCUGGAGCAAAUCCUCGGCUCCCUAACAAUGGCAAACACAAUCCUCUCCGUCUACACCCUCUCCAUCUUCAACCUCUGGACCGUCUCCCUCGUCCUCAUCUGGGCCUUCAACCCCCUCGGCUCCCAGGCCUCCUUCCGCAGCCUGCACCUGCAGCCGCAGUCGGCCACCGCGACCGCAACCCUCGGCUACCGCAACUACUCCGUCGAGACCCUCGGCGUCGGCGCGCUCAUGGGCGCCUCGGGCUGGUCGUGGAUCAGCCCGGCGUCCAAGAUCGCGUACUCGAGCGUGCUGGCGUCGACCACGUCGCAGACGCAGUACUGCAACGGCACGUGCGGCGCCAACUUUACGGACCUCAUCGCCCGGAUGGGCGGGACGCGGGCGGCGGCGGAGCAGGUUGCGAUGGACCCGUGGGGCAACCCCCGGAUCCCGAGUUUGAAGCACGCGCCCGGGUACGACGCGGCGCGGCCAGAGGAGUGGCUUGCGGUGCCGUGGAGGGAGAGCGUGCAGGAGUACAGCAGCCUGAUUGGGAAUCGGUACCAUGGGCUGAGGCCGGAGUUUGUGGGGAACGUGACGUUUACAAUCGAGGCUAGUUAUAUGGAGGUUUACGACUGCGCAGAGUGGUUGUGUCAGGAUGAUCUGCACAACAAUACCGAGGCCAUGGUUGCGUGGUUCGCAGCCAACUACAAGUCCUUCGCCACCAGGUACAACGUCAGCCUAGACGAACCGCCGUACAAUAACGCCUCGUUCGACUUCUUCGACAGCAACCGGCGGGAGGGAAGCUACAAAACGUCCUACGACUACUCCUUCUCCAUGGACUACAACACGACCUACGGCGCCUCCGGCCCCGACUCCGCCAACUCGACAAUCUUCCUCGGGACCCUGGGCGGCCUCGAGUGCGGGCAGUGCAUGACAUCCUGCCCCGUCCGGACCGGCUACAUCGAAGCCGAAAUCGCGUGCGAGUCGCGCGGCAUCGCGGGCAAAUCCCAAUGCGCAGCCACACGCAUCCGUCAGAUGCCGCGCCCGCCGCGCCCGCCCGGCGUCACCGCCUUCACGAACCGGCUGAUCGGGACGACAGUCCCCCACUACGCGGCCCAGAAGUUCCCCAAGAUGGGCAAGGACACCGACACGCGCUUCACGACCUUCUCCGAGGAGUUCGUCGAGAACCCCACGCGCGCCUUCAACCACGAGCUGAGCAAGAAGUACGUCGAGUGGUGCAAGCUGCCGAUGCCCGUGUUCGCAGACCGGCUGGGGCUGCUCUUCAACACGUUCCUCGACGCGACGGUCGACCCGAUGGCCGUGCUGGGCGCCGCCUCCGUCGUGGACGAGUCCGUCCUGCUCAACACCACGGCCGCCAUGACCUCGCCGCUGCCGGCCGUGUACGUCAUCGACGAGGCGUGGGUCGCAAUCUACUUUGUGUCCACGCUUAUCAUGCUGCUGGCGGCAAUAGGGGGCGUUGUGAUACGGUACUACACCAUUGCGCCGCAGGUUCUGGGGUAUGUCGGAAGCUUGGUCAGGGACUCACCCUACUUUGCCGAUAUGGCGCCGCGUUGGAAGAGCACCGAGAGCGGCGAGGAGAUUUCGAGACGUCUUGGAGACGUGAGGGUGGGCGUAUUUGAUGUAGAGCCCGACAAAGAUGUUGGGAGAAUUGCGUUUGCACCUGUCGAGAUGGGGCACCGUGUGCGUCGGAAAAGAUGGUACGAGUAA